AUGAAGGACGGCAGCAGACCAGAGGAACAGGCCGAGGUUUCCCGACAGGAGCUGUAUGAGGACUAUGUGAGCUGUUACCGUCAGCUGUGUCCGGAGGUCCGGCCGUGCCGCGAUGAGGGGCUCCUGAAGAAGGCAGCUCAGUAUCUGCUGAGAGAACCAGAGCCCUCAGGGACAUUCACCGUGUUCCCCUUCUACCAGGCUGUGACACAAGACUGUGAUUCCCCGAGCACUGACUGCAGGAAACAUCUGUCUGCUUUUAUUAAAGCCACCGAGCUGCUGGAGACUCUCUGCCUCAAUCUCUUUCUUCAACCCUGGAGGAAGGAAAUCAAGACACUUAAGGCAUUCACAGGUCCAUUUGUUUACUGUCUCCUGCCAGUUCUCAGCAGUUCUACCAUUCAGUCAGUCCUUGCCUCUAUUGGCUAUCUGCCCCAUACUGACACUCCACAAAGUGAAUACAGACUGAGUGAGGAUGCUAAUCCAGAAAGAGCCAUGCUGCUGGGCUUUGAGCUGCUGCUGGCCAGGGUGGAGUGUUACCGACUCCUGGAGCUCCUGGAGAAGGAUCAGCUGGGACCACAGGAGUGGCUGGAGGUUCUUCAGAGGAGAGUGGAGCCUACAAAACAGGAGGAAACCACAGAAAAUAAGACACCAGUAGAGCAAAAGGAAGAGGAGGAGGAGAAGAAGAAGAAGGAAGAGGCACAUAGAAAAGAGGUACCUCUGUUUUUGGACAUCAGGAGUGAAAGUACAGUGACACCACAGCCCCAGCCUCGACGCUGCCAUCUCAGCAGUGUAGACCAGUCCAUUAUGGAGAUGCAGAUGAUCUACCCUGACCUGGCCAUCAGGGGCCGCCCCCUGCUACCGGACAAACCUCGACGAACAAACAGCAGCAGGAGCAGCAGCAGUAAAGAUGUUCAUACUACCAGCACUCAUAAUUACAGUGAUGACAACACAGCUGCUGACCUCUGCAAAAGAAAUUCUGUAAAAGGCACCAAAGCUGCUGCUUCAGCUAUCCAAAGUAAAACUGAUGAAGUGCUUGGUGACGAUGGCAGAGACAGUGGUUGUAAUGACAGAAACAGUGGUGGGGCCACUGCCCCAGGAGACACCAUUAGCAGCAGCAUCAGUGACACUGAUGGUGGCAGAGUUGAUGAUGAGCUCAGUGGUCCUCAGGCCAUUUCCCUGCACAUCACACUGAGAGCUGGAUCCAAAGCAGAGCAGAACGUGGAGCCUGGAGAGCCUCAGCCCAUAGCAGAGCCUCCUGUCAGGACACACCAGCAGACUGUGGCAGAGCUACAAAAUAAGAAACCAGCAAUCCCAAAGCUCUCCUCUCUGAGCUCCAUGGACGAGGCACAGGAGCUGAGAGAGCUGGCAGAGAGAAUGGGCCAGCUCCAUGUGCAGGAGACCAAAGAGGAAGUGAAGACAAAAGAAGAAAACAAAAGAGGAGAGGAAAACACAAAUAAAGAGAGGAGGAAGAAAGGAAGAAAGGUAAGCACAGAGAAAGAGGCAGAGGAACAGAGCCUCAGGAAGCCAGUGAUGGAGACUGGUCCAGCGCUGACCCACUCUGCCAGUAGAUGCACCAGAUCGUCUCAGUCUGAUCCCGCGGUGAUGAAAGAGCAGAAGCAGCCCACUGUGUGUCAUCGUUCACCGCUGACCGUCAGUACAGCAGACUGUCAGAGCUGUAAAGGAGGAGGCAGCACAGGGCAGCAGGAGGGAGAAGAUACUGUGAGAGCAGAAACAGGCAGAGGAGAGGAGGAGCAGCUGGCACAAAGCUUUGUUAUAGUUGAGCAUCACAAGAAAUAACAUGCUCUCAAGGUUCAUUUACAUGUAUAGAAAUUAUUAAUAAAACUGCUGAGCAAGCCCAAAACCGAUAUAAACUGUAAUCAACCAGUAAGCCAAGAUUUAACAACACACAGGUACAGAUUUAAAGAGCAGAACAACAUUUUAAUGCACAUCAUAAUUUUAUCCACACUGCGUUUGAAAUCUGUUCUACCUAUUCUCAGGGAUAUCCUCAGCUGCUCUGGCUGCAUAGUAACAAGUAAGAGAUAACAGGACAUAUCCAUAUAUGGCUGUUAAAGGAAUACUUCACCCAAAAAAUGUUUAUUAGUGUAUCAGUAAUUCACCGUGUGUUGCCUUGAAUUCAUGAAUAAAACUUUGUUUUCCUUGCAUGCCUCCACGAUGAAUGGAGAAUCCAAAAAAGGUAAAUAUUCUUCAUGAAUUGAAGUAAACAGGAUCCACAUUUUACAACAGCAAUGCUACAUCAACACACCCCAUUAACAAGCAUUCACACAAGUUGUGCGGUACAGGUCUCAUUAUCAAGUCGUGUCCUCAGUAUUUCCCAAACACAUGCAUUUUUGCUAAAACGUUACGAUUUUCUGGCUAUUAUUAAGUGUCAUAUCUCAGAAACAGAAGGGGAGAUAUUUGUUCAUAGACAUAAUUAGUGACACGAAUUUUGGGUGUCCACCUUGAAACUGUGCUGAUUGUAAAGAUUUUCUGUGCUGCUGGGGGAAUGAUGUUUGUGAAGCAUCCAUGUUUUCACAGACAUGGGCUGUAAGAGAAACUUGACUGGUGCGCAGAGGCAUACAACUGUGGGGCGGUAAUUCUAGUUGGAUUCUCUGUUCGCUGUGGUUGUCUUCACAAAUUCAACGUGACAUGCUGUAAUUUAUAUACAAAUGGUCAUUUUGCGGGUGAAGUACUCUUUUAAGUUGCGUUCAAACCUCUGUUUUAUUCCAACUUGGGAGCGUUCACACAGUAUUCCAAGAUGAUUACCUCCCUGCCAGCCCUGUAGUCUCUCUAGAUAAAUCAUCUAUGAAAACCAGAUACAGACAGAUAAACAUAUCCUGUUUAAUAAGCUGAAAUGGAAUUGGGUUUUAUUUUGGUGUCACUGCUAGCACUUCUGUAGUUGUUUUCACCAUAUGGAAAAUAUAGCUGUCAGAAAUUUCCCCAAAUCUUAGACUCUGAAUUACAAGUAAGAGACUGAUGUAAAUGUCUUUCCCCACUUGGCUGCUUGUAAUGAUAUGAUGUGAACAUGCCAUUAGGCUAAUUUCUUUUUCGCUGUUUAAAGCCCUUAAUCUUUAUUUCAUCAUGAAAAGAUUAUUUUUUGAGUGUUUUUUGCCUUUAAUGAUUGUAUAACUGAAGACUGACAGGAAAGUUGUGUGAGAGAGGUUGGAAUUGAACCUGGGCUGCUGCAAAGGCCUAUAUGUGGUGCACAUGCUAACAGGUGAGCUAGCUAUUUUAUCAUAAAUUGCAGGUAUAUGUAUAUGCAGUAUGUAACUGUUUUGAGUUGUAAAUGAAAAAAAAAACAACAACAGCAUUUUGUGUGUGUUCUUCACCAAAUAUAACUGAAAAUAUAGAUUGGUUUACUCAAGUACCCAUUUGCUUUUAGUCUGUGUAUUAGAAGACCUGUCAGUUAAUUUGAGACUAAAUAGUGUGAUUUAAACUUUAAUGGAGGGGUAACCCUUUUAUAUGUUCACGUUAUGUCCCCUGUAUGAUUCUGUAUAUAUGCUCUGGUUGCUUGCUUUUCUCACUAGUUUGAAGUGGGUGAGGCUUAUUUGAAAAAAGGAAAUGUUCCCAUUCGUCCAUGCACCAGUCACAGUUCAGCAACAUUUGAAUUAGUUUCUGACAAGAGCUGUGUGGUUGUUGCUGAUGUUAUAAGUCCUGUCAUUCCACAAACCAUACCCACACAGUGAAGCAGAUUAGUAGAGGUUUUGAGUGUUAUAAAUAUGAAGGAUGUUUUUUGCUGACAUUUAACAAUGAAUGUUGUUUUAUUUGUUAUGAUGUUCAUUUACUGUUAUGUAGAAAUAAAGUGAGGUCCAGAGGUCUGAGUCCACUGGCCAAGAUACAUAUAUUUUGUUUUAUCUUUGUUUUGUUUUGAAUGUAACACUAUUCCUUUUUCAUUACAAAUGAUAAUAUCAGCUUCAUUUGAAAUGUAGAAUCUUUGAAAAAUGUACAUGAAGUUUAUAUGUGGUACAGUGUGUCCCCAUUUUGCUUUAAUGACAGCAUGCAGUCAAGCUGGUGUUGACUCCACAAGUUUGUGCAAAACCUAGCAGCAUGAUUCGACGAUGUUGCAAAGAGCUUCUUGUGAUGUCACCGAAUGCUUGGGUUUUUCAGUCUUUAAGUGUGCCCAUAAAUGUUCAGUGGGAUUGAGGUCAGGUAACUGUGGAGGAAAGUCCAUGACUGCCAAGACUCCUUGAUCUUCUUUGGUCUACAUGCAUAAGGGAAUGGGCUGCACAUGUAGAGCACCUUUCUAGACUUCUGACCACUCAGAGCCCGAGUGAUUGUAUUUUGGUAUCUUUUAUUUCUACGGGUUAGAUUUGGUUGUUUAAAUUAGAGGUAUUUUAGGUUUUGUUAUUUUGGCUUUUUACCCACUGAAUCUAUGUAAUGUACUAGUAUGUUCAUACAGUAUAUAGCUGCUAAUAAAUCUGAUUGUUUG